AGUUCAUAAGUGUAAACGCGUAGUUAUUGAGCUGAUGUGAAUGUUUUUCUGUUCACGGAUCUUUUUGCAACCAUCUCUCACUUUUUUUCUCCAUCUUAUUAUCAUUAUCUUCUCCCAAAUAGACUCUGUUUCCUUCAAAUUUGUCCACGAAACUUUGAAUUCGUGAUACCCAUUACGAUUUUUCUCCUUCACUCUGUUCUUGAAUUCCCCUUAUUUCUAGAGAUUACUCUGUUCUUCGUUGGCUAUUAUGAUAAACCUAAAGCUCUUCUUAGAGCUAAAGUUAUGUUUUUUAAUAACUGUUCUCUGUUCUUCACACGUCUCCUCUGUUUCUGAUACUUUCUUCAUCAACUGUGGAUCUCCGACGAAUGUAACAGUCAACAAUAGAACCUUCGUGUCCGACAACAAUCUUGUUCAAGGAAUCUCUGUCGGAACCACCGAUUCGAAUUCAGGUGACGAAUCGACUCUGUUUCAGACCGCAAGAGUAUUCUCCGAUGAAUCAUCAACUUACCGAUUCCCGAUCGAGAAACACGGUUGGUUCUUGAUUCGUCUUUACUUUUUACCCUUAGUCUCUGCUUCUCAAGAUCUAACAACUGCUAGAUUCUCAGUCUCGGCUCAGAAUUUCACUCUGAUCAGAGAAUACAAACCCUCAACGACUUCUGUUGUUAAAGAAUACAGUUUAAACAUCUCUAACGAUAAUCUAUCUCUCGAAUUUCGUCGUCAAGCCGGUUCUAUCGCUUUCAUCAAUGCCUUGGAAGUUUUUAGACUUCCAGAGAAUUUGAUACCUGAAGAUGCAAAACUCAUUGGUACACAAAAGGAUCUCAAGCUCAGGAGUCACGCUAUGGAGACUGUUUCUCGUGUAAACAUGGGGAAUCUUAGUGUGAGUCGUGAUCAAGAUAAGCUAUGGAGGCAAUGGGAUUCGGAUUCUGCGUAUAAAGCUCAAUUCGGAACGCCGGUUAUGAACCUCGAAGCGGUUAACUUCAGUGCUGGUGGAAUAACUGAUGACAUUGCUCCUGUUUAUGUCUAUGGAACAGCCACGAGGUUAAACUCUGAUGAUCCUCGUACUAACGCCAAUCUUACUUGGACAUUUAAAAUCGUGCCUGGUUUCGAUUACUUUGUCCGGUUUCACUUUUGUAACAUAAUAGUGGAUCCUUUUGGUUUCGAGCGUCAGAUACGCUUUGACAUUUUUGUGAAUUCAGAGAAUGUUAGGUCCGUUGAUAUGACAGAGGUUGCAAAUGGCACUUUUGGAGCUCCUUAUUUUUUUGAUGCAGUGAUGCGGAAAGCCAGAAGUCGAGAAGGAUUCUUGAAUCUAUCUAUUGGUUUAGGUAUGGAUGUUUCUUCGUACCCUGUUUCUUUUAUCAACGGAUUUGAGAUUUUGAAGCUAAGCAACGAUAAGCAGAGUCUUGACGCUUUUGAUGCUGUUUUCCAUGAUGGUUCUUCGCGUAACAAGAGUUCGAAUACGAGAAUCGGAUUCAUAGCUGGUUUAUCUGCAGCUUUGUGUGUUGCUUUAGUGUUUGGUGUGGUUGUAUUUUGGUGGUGUGUCAGGAAAAGAAGAAGAAGAAAUAGACAAAUGCAGACUGUUCAUUCUAGAGGAGAUGAUCAUCAGAUGAAGAAGAAUGAAACCGGUGAGAGCUUAAUCUUUUCGAGCUCAAAGAUCGGUUAUCGAUACCCCUUGGCUCUAAUCAAGGAAGCAACAGAUGAUUUCGAUGAAAGCUUAGUGAUCGGGGUUGGUGGGUUUGGUAAAGUUUACAAAGGAGUCUUGAGGGACAAAACCGAGAUAGCUGUGAAACGCGGUGCUCCUCAAUCUCGUCAAGGUCUUGCGGAAUUCAAGACAGAGAUUGAAAUGCUUACUCAGUUCAGACACCGGCAUUUGGUUUCUUUAAUCGGAUAUUGCGAUGAAAACAGUGAAAUGAUCAUUGUUUAUGAGUAUAUGGAGAAGGGAACGCUUAAGGACCAUUUGUAUGACUCGGAUGAUAACCCGAGGUUAAGUUGGAGACAGAGGCUUGAGAUAUGCGUUGGUGCAGCUAGAGGGCUUCACUAUCUCCACACAGGUUCCGCAAGAGCAAUCAUACACCGCGAUGUGAAAUCUGCUAACAUUCUCUUGGAUGAGAACUUUAUGGCCAAAGUUGCAGACUUUGGAUUGUCUAAGACAGGUCCGGAUCUUGAUCAAACACAUGUGAGUACCGCGGUUAAAGGAAGCUUUGGAUAUCUUGAUCCAGAGUAUCUAACAAGACAACAACUGACUGAGAAAUCCGAUGUUUACUCUUUUGGUGUGGUGAUGCUUGAAGUAGUAUGCGGUAGACCAGUCAUUGAUCCAUCGCUUCCAAGAGAGAAAGUGAAUUUGAUCGAAUGGGCGAUGAAGUUGGUGCAGAAAGGGAAACUGGAAGAUAUCAUAGACCCUUUUCUUGAAGGGAAAGUAAAGCUUGAAGAGGUGAAAAAGUACUGUGAGAUAACAGAGAAGUGUUUGUGCCAAAACGGAAUUGAGAGGCCAACAAUGGGAGAUUUGUUGUGGAACCUAGAGUUCAUGCUUCAGGUGCAAGCAAAAGAUGAGAAAGCAGCAAUGGUGGAUGAUAAGCCAGAGGCGAGCGUCGUGGGCUCGACCGUGCAGUUUAGUGUGAAUGGAGUGGGAGAUAUUGCAGGGGUCUCAAUGAGUAAAGUUUUCGCGCAAAUGGUUAGAGAAGAAACGCGAUAAAAGAUUUGAUCAAAAGAAGAGUAUCUUCAUCACUAUUGUGUUGUUUGUACAGGAGGGAUCACAAUACUGUUUUAUACAUUGUUAUUAUUUAUCACUUGAUCCUUUUAAUCUC